UCCGGCCUCUGAUCAUCUUUUCGUCUGAGGAGAGAUGAAGUCCCGUCCUACGUCUAUUCUUCCGCAAGAGCAUUCCUUUCUCAUAUUUUGACUGCCAUCUGUGAGCUGUCUGUGCCUGGCUAGAGGAUGAGGCGCGAGAGGACGAAGCUAUCACCUACUUGAGGGUUUCAUCUUGUCAUGGGUUGCCUCGCCAAGGCUGGGUGGCUGAACUCGAACUGGAUUGAUUUGACACGAUUGCUCUCACCGUUGGCACACAUCCUUGUCUGUUCAACGUACGCCAGGAUUUCUACUCCGUGCCUUAGUCCACAUAAAACCCCACAUUCGGUUGCUCGACCUUGAAGCAUCUCAUUCACAAUGCUUAUCCCGACGCUCUUGAUUUCUUCCCUCGUAGCCUCGAUCGGACUCGUGGAGGCAUCAGACGCCGGAAAGCCUCUGUUGGGCCUUACACUCGUCGCCCGCACUUCCCUAACGACGACGACUCCUCACACAGUGACGAGCCAGACGAAGAGCACGCCGAGCGCCGCUCCGACUGGCAACGGCAGCUGCAAAAUCUGCGACUGCCUCGUUACACUCGUGGAAGCCGCGCUCGCUCCGGUCAUAUGCGUCGAGGCGGGCAGUCAGGCAUUCUGCAAUCCUAUCCUGGACGCCGAAUGCAUCGCUGCUGUACACGCUUAUUCCAAAGUCUAUUCGUCGUGCAAGGGCUGCUGAAGAGAAGGAACAUUGUCUACGUAGGGCGCAUGAUGUCACAGUAGCCAGACAAGAUCCACCAUUCGUGUUGAGACUAGAAGUGACUCCCCCCUGGGGAACUGGGCCUCUACGAGGAAUCCU